UCCCAUCCUCUCCUCUGUCAGUAUGACAGCUCGUGGGAGAGAAAAUGCCGAUAACCAGCAUUUCCCUGUUUACAUAUGAAGUUGUGUUGACUUUAAUCAUCCAUAAUUUGAGAACAAAAAUCCUGUUUGUCCAAUUUGCCUUACCCCAGGGGUGGACUGACAACUCAUGGAGCCCCCAGGCAAUAGGGGAUCAUGGGGCCCCUGUGUGCUUGCGCAAACUCAAAAAAAGCCUAUGAAAAAGGUACCAGGGGCAUCUUAUGGGGCCCCCUACUGACCCCGGGCCCUCGGGCAGUGCCCGAGUUUCCAAAUGGUCAGUCCGCCCUGGUCCCA